AUGUCACAAGCUGCCGUGCACCUCAGUCUCUCACAAAAAGAAGCCAGGGAUCUAGAACAUGGGGUCAAUGUUGCGCUUCACUCUGAUAUCUCCCCAAGUAUAUUAAUUUCCUCUGGCAUAGACUAUGAGGAUCAACAAUGUCGUCUUCAGCAUGACCAUAGCACCCUCAGUGUUCAUGCCACCGACCUACAGCUUGCAAAGUUCCAGGAACGCAGCAAUGCAUUGCAGCGCCAGAUUGCUGAAUGGUGUAAGAUCCAGCUGCUGUACCUCCCCUCAGUAGCUUGUGUUCGAACCUCCGACAUUGAGUCUAGUAUAGAUUCUAUCCAGGAGGAGAAACCCUAUGACAUCAAGCUGUGGUUGCCGUCACAGAUUAGGCGAGAGACACUGCUUCCAUGCAAUGAUAGUCUCUCCGAAUAUGAGUGGGACUUACAGCAUGCCCAGGCAUUUGACGCCCUCGAUGAUCUCCACCAGCAGCUCUGCCUUCGAACACACCUAUAUAAGUUCAAGGAUGCUCAAAUUCGCGGUCAACGGGCAAAUACACAUGCAGGUGCUAUCAUCAAGAAUGUCGAAGUUCAUGUAUCUGUGGCUGCUGAGCGCUAUCACAGAGCCUGGAACACAUUAAGCACUCUCGCACCCUCCCUUGCCAGGAAUGCGUGGACGACAGAGCUGCCAAAGUUAGAGGAUGGGGACACCCAAGGGAUGGGAGACAAUGCAUUUGGAGAGUCAAGCGGGAACCGCACCUUGUCAUGGAUAUGGAAAGUGCAAGGUGUAGCUACUGCAGGGGUGGAGGGUGAGGCAAUUCUCUCAGAAGCUUUGCAAGUCAAAUGGUGUAGAUCGAGGGCCCAUGCAAACAGGUGGGUUGAAGAAGUGGAACUCCUGCUCAAAGAGAUGCGGCACGUCAGUGCUUUUCUUGCAUGGCAUGCUGCGUGGUGGGAAGAGCAGGCCACACGAAGGGUAGGCCUAGAUGAUGCUUCAUUGGAAGGCAUCUGA